AUGGAGGGCAUCGACACUGUGCUAGUGACACGCGCCACGGGCUUCAUAGGGGCUCACAUUGUCGAUGGCUUACUCAAGAAGGGCGUGACCGUUCGGGGCACCACCCGCUCGUUGGCCAAAGCAGAGCAAAUGAAGGCUGCAAGGCCAGAGCACGCUUUGAAGCUGCAUUUCGUGCAGAUGAGAGACUUUUCGGGAGAUGUCAACUUCUCCGAAGCAGUUGCGGGCGUCGAUGCGAUUGUUCACACAGCUAGCCCAUUAACCUACGACACGACCGACAACGAGAAGGAACUGAUCCUUCCCGCCAUCAACGGUGUCAAGGCCAUACUCUCUGCAGCUGCAAACACCGGCAAAGUCAAGCGUGUGGUACUUACAUCUUCCUUCGCCUCCGUCAUCGACAUCGGACGGAAUGCUGGCCCGGGGUUUACUUACACAGCGCAACACUGGAACCCUCUGACAUACGAGGAAGCAAUCGCACCAGAGACCAACGCGGUAGUCGCCUACCGCGGCUCCAAGAAGUUCGCUGAGCUCGAGGCAUGGAACUUCGUCGAGCGCGAGAAACCGAGCUUUGAUCUGGUUGCCUUUUGCCCGCCUAUGACUUUUGGACCCAUCGCCCAUCCUGUCCUCGAGCCCUCGCAGUUGAACGAGUCCAAUGCCAGGCUCUGGGAUGUUGCUGUUGGGCAGCCACUUCCGGAAGCUCGGGUUCCUGUCUGGAUCGAUGUGCGAGAUCUUGCCGCUAUGCAUGUAGAGGCCGUAUUCAGUGAUAAGGCCGGUGGGAAGCGAUAUGUCCCGGCUUCGCCUGGCAAGUACUUGUAUGAGCUCGCGGCGAGUGUCUUGCGCUCUCAUUUUCCUGCGGCCAUAGGACAGGUUGUGGAGAUUGACGAGGCAAGUCCGCCUGUGGGUUACUAUUUGGAUGGCAAAGCUGUGACCGAGGACCUGGGCAUUCAGUAUCGAGACUUUGAGACGACGGUGGUUGAUCUGUUCGGGAGUCUUGAGGCAUUAGAAAUCUAUCCGUGGAAGGCAUCAUGA